AGUCAGUAAAGUCAGUUUCAGUACUUCAGUAGUCGGCAGGCGCAGCCAGCGAGAAGUUGACCUCAGAUGAGUGAAUGAUCCUUACGUCUGUCCGUCCGUACGCAGCGCGUUUCUGAACAUACAUUUCGUCGGUGUCAGAUCGAUCCGUUGAAGCUAUGCGGUGCCGUUAGAGUUUGUCCGACGGCGAGAAUUUUGGGCAGAGAAGAAAGAAUAUGUUCGGCCGUCGUAUGAAUAGCGGUAUUUUGUAAUGACAAAAGGUGCUGACUCCGAUAACAAGUAAUAAACGAGAACGGAAGCGUCAACGAUAUACACCUGCAACGGUAAAGCACAGCUGGGAAAAUAAUAGUAAAUUUCACUCAUACUCGGAACGUCACAGUGAUGCAGGAAUUUAACGAUCAUGCCUCGGAUGCAGUGCUCCUCAACACGUUUGUGAUUCGUAAAAAAAGAUGCAGGGUAUAUUUUCAUCGGGGAACCCUCAUCUGGGAAACCGAACGACCUCCUUACACAAGGUGGACUUUGCCUUUGACCGACGUUUUAGCAGCUCAUUAUGGGAAUGAUGGGGACGUAGAUAACACUGGUGUUGUUGACGAAAAGUCCCAAGCGCCAACAAGUUUUGUGCUUCAUUACGCGGCUCGUGGUUCCAAACACAAAUGGAGUCAUCACAGCGUUAGAAUGAGUCACACCGAUUCUAGACAAGUAGCUUCCUGGGUGAAGACUAUUCGUAACUAUUUAUCAGGUUUGACUCAUCGUCCCAGAAAAAUAAUGGUCUUCGUUAAUCCAAUUGGGGGUAAGAAAAAAGGCUUGAAAAUAUGGGAAAGAGAUGUCCAACCUCUGCUUGCCAUAGCAGGCGUUGAAGCAAGGCUGUUGGUCACCGAAAGAGCGGGACACAUCCGAGACACAUUACUUACCUGCAACUUGGAUGACGUUGAGGCUGUUGCUUGCAUCGGUGGAGACGGCACCUUUUCCGAAGUAUUCAACGGAUUGGUAUUACGGACUGUCAAGGACAAGGAGCUCGACCCAAAUGAUCCAGAAGCUGUCUUACCACCCCCAAAAUUACCAGUCGGCGUUAUUCCAAGUGGAAGUACCGAUACUGUAGCCUACAGUCUCCACGGGACGAUCGACGUUCAAACUGCCGUUAUACAUAUCAUUUUUGGAGACACGACAGGGCUCGAUUUAUCAUCUGUUCACAAUAACCGUUCCUUGCUAAGGCUAUACGCUAGCGUCCUUAGCUAUGGCUACCUUGGCGACGUAAUGCGAGAUAGUGAAAAGUUUCGCUGGAUGGGACCACAGAGAUACGAUUAUUCCGGGUUCAAGAAAAUACUCGCCAACAAAGGAUACGAAGGGGAAAUACAGAUCUUGUCGGACCCGUGUCAUCCAGCUGCUAGCACUAAAUGCACAGAAAAUUGUACCAGAUGCAUUGAACAUACACGUAACAACGACUACGAUAAAGAAAUAUUGAAAUGGCGGACAGUGAGGGGUAAAUUUUUCAUGGUCAAUGGCGCCAAUGUUUCAUGUGCAUGCGAUCGAAGUCCAUUAGGCUUUAGUCCGCACUGUCAUAUCGGAGAUGGAUGUGUUGACGUGAUAUUGAUCAGGCACACAUCGUUUUUCAAUAACAUCAGAGUCCUUUUAAGAUUGAGCAGUAGAAAUAAGAAUUUGUACGAUCUCCCCUUCGUCGAAGUAUACAGAGCCAGGGAAUUCACAUUCCGACCUCUUCCGUCUGUGAUAAAUAUACCUGCCGACAAUACCGAGAUGAACAGACCUCAAUCGAUGCCUGACCUCAGCGUGUGGAAUUGUGACGGCGAAGUAAUUCAGGAUUCGAAUUUGAAAAUCAGGGUACACUGCCAGUUACUUAAAGUUUACACGAGACGCAUGCAGGAUUCCAUUGCCGAUACAUCUUGCUUUUGUUCGCUGUAAAGAGCGAAAAUUGUAUUUGAAUUCUGAUUGGAUUUGCGUUUCACGGGAUGGCGAUUUUUUAUUUUUUUUUCUUUUAUCUCCCUUCGAGUACUCCCGUGAAUUUUUAUGUCAAUAAUUAUACUUUGUAGUUCCUUAUACAAGCUUGCCUCGUAUUGUUAAGACAUGCCACUUUUGUUGAUGCUACUGUUAUUUUUUAUCUGGUGUUAUAGUUUUCAACCAUGGUGAAUAUUUAUAUUUUUAUUGAAUAUUACAUACACACGAAUUACGCAUAAUAUCAUCGCGAUGCGCGCGCUAAAUUUUAGGUAUUGUUCGGGAGUUGUCGUUGUUUAAAAGAGUAACAAGUGCUAGACGUCACGUAUUUGCAUUUACUUUGAAUCGAUCUCAUUUUUUGUUUUCAUUUUUUUACCCCUCUAUGCAUAGUUUCAAGCACAAUUGAUUUUUCUAUGCUAAAGGAAAAAAAAAAUCACGUUGAGAAGAUAUUGAUUGGCGAAUUACUCGGUCGUUAUUACAGUUCGCAAAGCGAUACGAUAUGAAUUACGAUACAGUAGGUGCUUUAAUAAGAUGCGCAGUCUACCCUCCAGUAUAUUAAGUAAAUAAAUAGGUUUUAAAUGCUCGACUAUGGCGUGAAAUUGUAUUAGAUAUUUAAGGUGUAAUCGUUUUGUAAAGAGAAAGUUUAUUCCGUACGACUAUUUGUUUUGUUCUUCUAAUGAAGUAUUUUUUUGUGAUAUUGCUGCACGCGAUAUGGAAGGGGAAUUAUACCCAAUUUGUUUUUAGAACAAAGUACUGCGUGAUGAUUGAGUAUUUCAAUGUAGAAUAUAAGUCAUAUAUGUAGCAGGUGGAUUUAUAAUUUCUAAAUUAAUAGAAAAUAUCAAGAAUGAUAAAUUAAAGCUAGAAAUUGAUAUGAUAAGAUCGGUAUGUAUAAUAUUAUUCGUGAGUCUGUAUCUCAUAAUAUUGAAUGAUUAUAUAGUGACUGAUUCACGUAGCUCGUUGGGUAUUUUAGAAAUUAUACAGGGUGACCUAGGGAUUGAUGAGACUACUGAAAUUUUCAGGUUGAUAUAAAUAAUUUUGCUUUUUGUCUUCCGUUGUUUGUUUUACUCACUUGAUGAAGGCGAUGUUAGGCAUUUU